AUGAGUUUUAGUAUACAUUAAUUAUAAUAGAUGUUUGAGGAUAAAGAUAAAAGUGAACCUCAUACACCUAUGUUUAGUGGAAAAACAGGUUCUUUGGAUAAAUUUGAUUUUCUUAUUUCAUAAAUUGAAGAGUUAAAGAUGUAAAAUAAUGAAUUUAAAAAUUAAAUCCAAACUCACUAAAAUGAAUUAAAUUUGAAAAUAAGUAUUUAUUUGUUUCAUAAUUUAGAGAAUAAUGGUGAAAUAUAAACUUAAAUCAAAGAAAUUGAAAAAUAAAUAUAAAAUGAAAUUAUUCAAAAUAAAUUAUUAACUUUUAAUUACAUAAAAAAGCAUGAGGAAUGUUUUGAGAUUAAAAAAUAAAUCAUCAAUAAUUAGAAGCAAUAAUAAAUAGUUUCAAUACCUGAUCUGAAUAAUCCAAAUAGGCCUUCGGAUUGUUCUACAGCUCCAAGUCCUGGAAUGAAGGUUUAAAUUAAAAGAGCUUAUAAAAAAGUUUCAAGUGUAAUUUUCAGUGACUUUUGA